CCCGCACCGUUUCGCUUUCCCCCUUUUUGCAAAGUAAAUGAAGGAUUUUGUUUUGUUGACUUGAAAUUUAAAAUUAACUAAAUUUAAUUAGGUAAAAUGUCAGUGAGAAGUUUGGGUCGUCUCCUGAUGAGGUCCAGAUCACUUGGAACUGCGACCUUGAGCGGGUUUAAGAGCCCGAUCGCCUUGGAGUACAUUUAUCCAGCCAGUUCCCUUAAUCCCGUGCGGAUGCCGUCGAUUCCACAGAACCAAGGAUCAACUUUCUCCGGGUAUAUUCCAUUUGAUAAAAUAGAACUAAGUUACACUAGGAGCAGCGGACCAGGAGGACAAAAUGUUAACAAGACAAAUACGAAAGUAGACGUCAGAUUCAUAUUGGAGAAAGCAGAUUGGAUUCCGGAGGAUGUUAAGAAUAAUAUGAAGAUCAAGUACCACAACCAACUUUCGAAAGAAGGGUACUUCGUAGUCACAUCAGACCGAACAAGAUCUCAACACUUAAAUGUAGCAGAUGCCUUGGAGAAGUUACGAGAAUUCAUUCGUGCCGCAGAACCCGAGAAGGUGGCAGAGCUAAGUCCAGAAACGCUCGAAAGAAUUAGAAGACGAAGGGAGAAAGUUGCUCGAGAAAGGUUGCAGGUCAAACGGGGAAGAUCACAUGUAAAAUCCGACCGUGGCGCCUCCUCAUUUUAGUUAAUUAGUUAAAACAUACUAGUAAGUAGUCAUUGUACUAGACAAUUGUAAUUGUUUUCAUACUUAAUAAUAGUAAAAGAAAGCAAAUGUGCGUUAUUCUUAAAUUCUGUACUAAACAAACACACAGCUCAUUUAUUGAUCUUCCUUAUGGUAUGAGUGUAACAUUAAACACACACGGUUGAACACACUUAA